AUGAAAAAACAUGAUUAUUGAAAAUGGAUAAAAAAAAGCUUGGUUAUCUGUUUUUGGAAAUAAACUCUUCAUAUAUCUUCAUAUUUUUUUAAACAUCUUCCAAAUAACAUUAUAUGAACGGAACUAAAAAAGAAAAGAAAAGAAAAGUAAAGAACACAUCUGGGAAACUAAAAAGUGUCCCAUUUUGAGUUCGCCCUGUAAUUUAAUGUAUACUAAAUAACACAACUGAAUAACCUUUUUUUUUUUUUAUAAGGGUUAUUUUGUUUUCUAAUUGUUUGCUUGCAUUUUGUCAGAUUGUUUACUGGUAGUUUCUGACAACUUAUUUUUAAUUGCAAAAGCUGGCUUGUAGGCUACAAGUUGAAAAUGUUACAAUGUUAACAAGUGACAGACAGACAGACAGCACGUGGGCUCAGUCUGGCACGUGCUGCUCAGUAAUUGACCUGAUCAAAACAAACACGAGCGUGUGUCUGACCCUAGUGACCUCGUGAUGACCUCGGUCAAGUAUGGGCCAGGUGUUCAGUGCCCCAGACUGACCGGAUUCCUGUCUGGAGUCUUUAGACGAUUUUCCUAUAAAUAGUUCGGGGUGAUGAUGGGUGACCCACACCUGACUCUAACUGGACAUGAUGCAAUCUUCAUCUCUGCCCGAGCCCGAGAAGAGCAUCCCCGCACCUGACGGAUGUUUCCUAAUGUGGCGGGACUACAUGGAUCUCCGCAGGACCUUGUCGCAGCUGCUGGAGCAACGCGACCAAGGACAAGCCGCUGCUGACCGUGGGACACCCCCGGAAGGUUUCAUGAGAACCGGCUCCACCAGCAGCGUCUCCAGCGCCUCUGCCUCCAUCUCCAGCCGCGACCUGCGGACCCAACGAGACACCUGCGGAUUCUGCCGACAGAACGGAGAGACCCCGUUGGUUUACAUGAGUCACAGACUGAAAGCCCGAGACGGACGGAUCCUCUGCCCGAUCCUGAGGAGCUACGUGUGUCCCUUCUGCUCCGCCACCGGAGACUGGGCGCACACCCGCCACUACUGUCCGCUGAGAAACCUAAAACCGACCAGCAACAUGUGAAUCAAUGGACUCGCACACUGUUAUUCCUGUCAAAACUGUAAGUCUGUGUUCGGAGAAUGUUGUAAAAUUAUGUUCAAAAAAAGUUGUUUGGAUGUUAAUGCUUGAAACGUGUUUUUGUAGUUCAUUUCAAAAUAAAAAUAUUUUUCUAGUGCAUCAAAACAUGGUUUUAUUUUUGUUAUUUGAAUUGUUUUUAAAUACGUUCCUC